AUGCAGUACGUCAGGAGCUCACUGAGUUCCGUGUCCUCGGCAUGGAACUCCAUCAACCCUGCUACCCUUAGCGGUGCCAUCGACGUCAUUGUCGUCGAGCAGGAUGACGGCUCCCUCGUUUGCUCUCCUUUCCAUGUGCGCUUUGGCAAAUUCUCCCUCCUUCGUCCCUAUGAGAAGAAGGUCGAGUUCAAAGUCAAUGGCGAAAAGCAACCCUACUCCAUGAAGCUCGGCGAAGAAGGCGAGGCUUUCUUCGUCUUUGAGACCAAAGAAACUAUCCCAAAGGACAUGCAGACCUCGCCGCUCGUCUCGCCCGCCUCCAGCCCGCCCAUGGACCCGCAGCACUCGCCCGAGGCUGGACUCCAGGAACCUGAUCUGCUCGACCUCGACGAGCUCAACAGGAAGCCCCGCCGUCCUCCCCCUGCUGUAGUGUACUCCUCGCGCGAUCACACUCUCAUCUCCUCGUCCACAUCCCCCGAACUGUCGAACGGACGGCCAGCGUCUGGCGACUGGUCCAGCAUGAUGCGCCCUCACAGUGACGACAUACUGCGCAAAUCAGCCCGCUCAACCGACCGCGACCUGACCGAUGAGCCCUCCGACGGGCAGAGCCAAGAAAUGUCCGAACGCUCGCACAGUCCACCUCCGCUGGCACCCCGAGAGGCCCUCGAGCGCGCCAUUGCCCUUUCGCGGAAUCUUGAGGCAGCGAAUAUACCUAGCCAGGUGACCGAGACUGGCGAUCUCAAACUCGACAUGGCGGGUUUCAAGAGCAGCGAAGAGGAAAUCUUCCGCGCCGAGAUUGUUGCUCGCAAGAUUCUCUCCCAGGAACUUGACGGCAACUACGAUAUCGGCUCCCUCUUUGGCAUGGACGAGCACGGUAACAUCUGGAUCUACAGCAGCGAAGAAGCCAAAGAAGCUGCGCGCAAGAAGACCAUGGCGGCUGGCAUUGGCCAUGGCCCCACGCCUGCUGCUGAUGCCGUCUCCGACCCUGGCUAUCAGAGCGACGCUAGCGACGAGACGACGACGGGGCCGGCUCACUCGCACAGGAGGUCUGAAUCUGAUGGGGGCCUCCAGACUCCCCUGAGCACCCCGCCAGGUUCGACCGCCGGAGACCCCAACCUCAAUUACGCCAAGACGCUCCGGUUGACUAGCGAUCAGCUGAAGGCUCUGGGUCUGAAGCCCGGCGAGAACAGCAUGAGCUUCACUGUCAACCGUGCGACCUGCCAGGCCAACAUGUACCUGUGGAGGCAUGAGACGCCAGUUGUCAUUUCCGACAUUGACGGCACCAUCACCAAGUCGGACGCCCUCGGUCACGUCCUCAACAUGAUCGGACGUGACUGGACGCACGCUGGUGUGGCGAAACUGUACAGCGAUAUCGCUGCGAAUGGUUACAACAUCAUGUACCUGACCAGUCGGUCCGUGGGACAGUCGGACACGACGAGAGCGUACCUCGCGGGCAUUCAGCAGGAAAACUACAAGGUCCCUCGGGGCCCGACCAUUCUGUCCCCUGACCGGACCAUAGCUGCCCUUCGUCGUGAGGUGUAUCUUCGUAAGCCCCAUGUGUUCAAGAUGGCUACACUUAGAGAUAUUCGUCACCUGUACGGGCCGGACCAGACCCCCUUCUAUGCCGGAUUCGGCAACCGUCUCACGGACCAGAUAUCGUACCGAACCGUCGAUGUUCCGAGGAACCGCAUCUUUACCAUCAACUCCAAUGCCGAGGUGUCGCUUGAUCUCCUCAGUCUUAACAAGCUGAAACUAAGCUACAUCAACAUCAACGAGGUCGUGGACCAUUUCUUCCCCCCUGUCAGCACCCUCAUCACUGGCGGUGGUGAGGAGUACACCGAUUUCAAGUUCUGGAGGAACACGCCCCUCGAACUCGAUGAGUUCUCCGCCAGCGAUACGGAUGACGAAGAAGACGACGAGGAGGAGGACGAUGAAGAAGACGAAGAAGAAGACGAUGACGAGGAGGCCGGCGAUGACAUGGCUGACAGUUACAUCUCGCGUGAAUCUAUUGACGAGUACGCAGACGGACGCGAAAGCAUCCUCAGCGACAGCGUCACCGGCGACGACUCCAUGAUGAAAUCUCUGGUGCUCGACGACGAGGAUGGCGAUGACGAAGACUCCUUCGAAGACGCCGAAGAUGACGGGGACAAUGACGACGCACCCGCGAGCCCCGCGCGAACGGAGCGUGAGCGUACUGUCACGGCUGACGAGUCAACCAACGGUGCCAAGCUGAGCCCGACCUCUGACAAGCCAGUGGUCGAGGACGUUGGCGCCGAGAUGAUCACAGGGGUAAAGCAUCUCACCCAGGAGAAGCCGGCGUGGAAGUGA